UAUUAGCCAGUCUAGGCUUCAUAAUAGCGCCACACCAAGCUGCAUGUGAAAGAUGCCUGUGUCUCCCCUCCCUCUUGCAGCCUCACAGACUCUGAAUGGGACUGUGAUGAGAAGUGACAACAACAGGCACUGAGCAGAGCCCCAAACACAGAGCCUCAGUGAGCCUGAAUACUGGAGAAGCACUGACACACAAGCACCUCGCUGGGAGCACAGGAAACAUCAGCUUUUACUCCUUUGUUACAUUUCUACUGGUUGUAUAUUAAAGGCUAUCUGCUUUUUACCGUUAUAACUUGUAUGGGACACUCUUGAUCCAGUGAAGAGCAUCUUCAUAAACAGGUUGGCAAAUCUGAGAAGAUGGCUCUUCCUUUACACUGCUUUGGACUAUUUUCAUUUAUUUUUUACCAUUUGACUGGAACGUCUUUAACACUGAAUCUUGAAGAUCCAAAUGUGUGCAGUCACUGGGAAAGCUAUUCUAUUACUGUUCAGGAAUCCUACGCACAUCCAUUUGACCAGGUGUAUUACACAAGCUGCACAGACAUAUUAAACUGGUUUAAAUGCACGCGACACAGAAUCAGUUACCGCACGGCCUACAGACGAGGAGAAAAAACAAUGUACAGACGGAAAUCUCAAUGCUGUCCUGGGUUUUAUGAAAGCAGGGAAAUGUGUGUUCCUCACUGUGCGGAUAAAUGUGUACACGGCCGAUGCAUCGCUCCAAACACCUGUCAGUGUGAGCCAGGAUGGGGCGGACCCAAUUGCUCCAGUGCUUGUGACAUUGACCAUUGGGGUCCUCACUGUAGUAGUCGAUGCCAGUGCAAAAACGGAGCCUUGUGCAACCCCAUCACUGGAGCCUGUCACUGUGCUGCGGGCUUUAAGGGUUGGCGCUGCGAGGAACGUUGUGAUCCAGGAACGUACGGGAAUGACUGUCAUCAAAAGUGCCAAUGCCAAAACGGGGCAUCAUGUGAUCAUGUAACAGGCGAAUGCCGAUGCCCGCCUGGCUACACUGGUGCUUUCUGUGAGGAUCUCUGUCCUCCUGGAAAGCAUGGACCUCAGUGUGAAGAGAGAUGCCCGUGCCAGAAUGGUGGUGUUUGUCACCACGUCACAGGAGAAUGCUCCUGUCCUCCAGGGUGGAUGGGCACAGUGUGUGGCCAGCCUUGCCCUGAGGGUCGCUAUGGGAAGAAUUGUACGCAGGAGUGCCAGUGUCACAAUGGUGGAACUUGUGACUCUGCCACUGGUCAAUGUCAUUGCAGUCCUGGAUACAACGGAGAACGAUGUCAGGAAGAAUGCCCAUUUGGGUCAUAUGGAAUGAACUGUGCACAGACCUGCCGUUGUCUUAAUGGUGGUAAAUGCUAUCAUAUCAGCGGAGCUUGUCUAUGUGAACCCGGCUAUACAGGAGAGCACUGCGAAACCAGACUAUGUGCCGAAGGGGUCUAUGGGCUUAAAUGUGACAAGAAGUGUCCCUGUCAUUUAAAGAAUACUCAGAGCUGUCAUCCUAUGUCUGGUGAAUGUUCUUGUAAGCCAGGCUGGUCUGGGCUCUACUGCAAUGAGACUUGUUCUCCUGGCUUCUAUGGAGAAUCCUGUCAGCAGAUCUGCAGCUGCCAGAAUGGGGCAGACUGUGAUAGCGUGACUGGGAAGUGCAUCUGUGCUCCUGGCUUUAUGGAUGCGGAUUGUUCAACUGCUUGUUCCCUUGGCACAUAUGGUGUUAAAUGCUCUUCUGUGUGCAACUGCAAGAACAUUGCUAUUUGCUCUCCAGUAGAUGGUUCCUGCACUUGUAAAGCAGGCUGGCAUGGUGUAGACUGUUCUAUCAACUGCCCUAGAGGUUCUUGGGGUCUUGGAUGCAACUUAACCUGUCAGUGCCUUAAUGGAGGGGCAUGCAAUCCUUUAGAUGGAACUUGCACCUGUGCCCCAGGCUGGAGGGGGGUGAAAUGUGAACUACCUUGCCAGGAUGGCACAUAUGGAAUGGGUUGCACUGAACGCUGUGACUGCAGCCAUGCAGAUGGGUGCCAUCCGGUUACAGGUUACUGUCGCUGCCUAGCAGGAUGGGCAGGUAUACAUUGUGACAGUGUGUGUGCCGGUGGGCAAUGGGGGCCAAACUGCUCACUCUCUUGUAACUGUAAGAAUGGAGCCUCCUGCUCUCCAGACGAUGGCAUCUGUGAAUGUGCUCCUGGAUAUCGAGGGGCCACCUGCCAAAGAAUCUGUUCCCCAGGAUUUUAUGGACAUCGCUGCAGCCAGGCCUGUCCUCAGUGUGUUCACAGUAAUGGUCCAUGCCAUCAUGUGACUGGGCAGUGUGACUGCUUAGCUGGCUUUAUGGGAUCUCUUUGCAAUGAAGUAUGUCCAAGUGGUCGUUUUGGAAAAAAUUGUGCUGGAAUCUGCACAUGCACUAAUAAUGGCACCUGCAACCCAAUAGAUGGGUCUUGCCAGUGUUACCCAGGUUGGAUUGGCAGUGAUUGCUCUCAGCCAUGCCCACCAGCUCAAUGGGGACCUAACUGUAUACAUACCUGUAACUGCCAUAAUGGAGCCUAUUGCAGUGCCUAUGACGGAGAGUGCAAAUGUUCUGCAGGCUGGACGGGACUCUACUGCACACAAAGGUGUCCAUUGGGAUAUUUUGGAAAAGACUGUGCCCUGGUAUGCCAGUGUCAGAACGGUGCCGAUUGUGACCACAUUACAGGACAGUGUACUUGCCGUACUGGAUUCAUGGGGAAAUACUGUGAACAGAAAUGUCCACCAGGAACCUAUGGCUAUGGUUGCCGCCAGGUUUGUGAUUGUCUGAACAAUUCCACAUGUGACCACAUCACAGGAACUUGCUAUUGCAGCCCAGGCUGGAAAGGAUCAAGGUGUGAUCAAGCAUCUGUAAUGAUAGUAGGAAGUCUGAAUAGCCUGAGCAGGACAAGUGCUGCCAUCCCCGCUGACUCGUACCAGAUUGGCGCAAUUACAGGCAUCAUUAUCCUUGUCCUUGUUGUCCUUUUCCUGCUGACACUUUUCAUCAUCUACAGACACAAGCAGAAGGGCAAGGAGACAACCAUGCCUGCUGUCGCUUAUACCCCUGCUGUACGGGUCAUGGGUACAGACUAUACCAUCUCUGACACUCUCCCACACAGCAAUGGUGGAAACCCAAACAGCCACUACUUUUCUAACCCCAGUUAUCACACUUUGAGCCAGUGCAUGACUGGGCCACAUGCCAACACAAUGGAUAGGAGGGUGGUUUCCAAGUCAAAAAGCAGCCAGCUGUUUGUGAAUCUUAAAAACAUUGAUCCUGGAAAGAGAUCCCACACUAUUGAUUAUACUGGUACCUUACCUGCAGAUUGGAAGCAAGGGGGAUAUCCAAGCGAUCAUGGCAAUGGUCUCCUGAAAAGUUCAACAUAUAGCAUUAGCAGUUGCUCAUUGAGUAGCACUGAAAACCCUUAUGCUACUAUCAAAGAUCCUCCAAUUCUUCUUCCAAAACACACUGAGUGCGGAUAUGUGGAAAUGAAGUCACCAGUUCGCCGGGAUUCAGCUUAUGCUGAGAUCAGUAAUACAAGCUUGGCCAACAAAAAUGUUUAUGAAGUUGAACCUACUGUGAGCGUCAUCCAAGGAGCAUUUACUGCAAAGCCAGCCAAGAAUCUAUCAUGACCUUCCAAAGACAGCCACAUUCCAUGUCACUAUGACUUGCUACCUGUGAGAGAAGUACUUCAACCACCAAGAAAGAAGAAACCAGCGAGUGAUGGGCACAAUGGAUUAAACUGGAGUAUACUGCAGCUGAUCUCUGCAGAACUAUGCCUACCUUCUUUAGACUGGUGCCCAGCGUGACUACUGUGUUUUUUGUUUUGUAAUGAAUGACUUACAAGAGUGAUGGGAGACUGAAUGUGUGCCUCUAAGCCAAGGACUCAAAUGAACUUACUAACCAGAAGACAUGGGCCGGGUUUUGCUACCAACUGAGGAACAAAGGCAAUAUGUUAAAAAUGACUUCUCAGUUUUAUGUUAUAUUUUCAGUAAGUCUACUAUUUUCAGUAAUUAACAGUAUAUUACAAUGACUUAGGUGCUCAUUCAUUUUGGUG